UCACCUCUCCCCCACAGCCUCGGCGCCGAGCCGCGCCAGCGCCAGCGCCUCGACCACGGCCUGCACGGCGUGCUCGUGCUCAUCCUCGGCCGGCCGGCGGCCCUCGACGCGCGCCAGCUCCCGCUCCCAGUCGAGCGGCGGCGGCGGCGGCGGCGGCGGGGCCCGUGCGCCGAAGCGACCGGUCCGCUUGCGCCGGCGGUACGCGAUCGAGCGGCUCGGGCGUGGCGGGGUCGAGGGCUCGCGGCGCGGCGGCGUAGUGGGGCGUGGCGAGUGGGGGGUCGGGAAGGAGGAGCCGGAGGUGUGAGGGGAAGGGGGAGGGGUUGGCGCGUUGAUGGGAGGCGAAGGAGGAGCCGGAGGAGGAGCCGGAGGAGGGUGGCUGCUAGGUGCCUGCUGCUGGCGAGGUGGAGGGGAGGAGGGUGUGUCUUUGGGGGGUGGGUUGGACAUGGUGCUGAGAGGUUGCUUGGGUGUGGUACUAGGGAGGAAGGAGAGCAUGAGAUGGAGUGAGGGAGAGCUGCUGUUAUACCUAGGUACCUAGCGGUCGACACCGCGUCAAGGGGGAGAAGGUCUCUAGUCGUCCUGGUGAAUGGAUGGGUGCGUAUUUGAGAGGGGGGUUGUUGAUAGUGAAUAUAGAGAUGUGGGGGAGACCAAAGACUACUUGGUGGUUGUGUGUUGUGCUGCUGAUAAAGACAUGAACUCGAAGUGCUUGCUUACCGAAAUGGAGUCGGAAUGGGGUCCAUUCAGUGGCAGAGU